AGGCCGCUGCCCUGCGGCGGGUCGGCGCACGGAGGCUUCUUCAAUGGAAGUAUGUUACCAGCUGCCGGUGCUGCCGCUGGACAGACCGGUGCCGCAGCACGUCCUCAGCCGCAGAGGGGCCAUCAGCUUCAGCUCCAGCUCCGCGCUCUUCGGCUGCCCCAACCCCCGGCAGCUCUCGCAGAGACGUGGAGCUAUUUCCUAUGACAGCUCCGAUCAGACUGCGUUGUACAUUCGUAUGCUAGGAGAUGUGCGAGUAAGAAGUCGGGCAGGAUUUGAAACAGAGAGAAGAGGUUCUCAUCCAUACAUUGAUUUCCGUAUUUUUCACUCAAAUUCUGAAAUCGAAGUGUCUGUGUCUGCGAGAAAUGUGAGAAGGUUGCUUAGUUUCCAGCGAUACCUGAGAUCUUCCCGUUUUUUCCGUGGUAUCACUGUUCCAAAUUCUUCAAACAUUUUAGAUGAUGAUUAUAAUGGACAAGCAAAGUGUAUGCUGGAGAAGGUUGGAAAUUGGAAUUUUGAUAUUUUUCUUUUUGAUAGACUGACAAAUGGAAACAGUCUUGUCAGCUUAACCUUUCAUCUGUUUAAUCUUCAUGGACUAAUUGAACAUUUCCAGUUAGAUACGAUGAAACUUCGUAGAUUUUUGGUUAUGGUUCAAGAAGAUUAUCACAGUCAAAACCCUUACCAUAAUGCAGUUCAUGCUGCUGAUGUGACUCAGGCCAUGCACUGUUACUUAAAAGAGCCCAAGCUUUCCAAAUCUUUAACUCCAUGGGAUGUCCUGCUCAGCUUAAUAGCCGCUGCCACACAUGAUUUGGAUCACCCAGGCGUUAACCAACCUUUCCUAAUUAAAACAAACCAUUACUUAGCAACUUUAUAUAAGAAUACCUCAGUAUUAGAGAACCAUCACUGGAGAUCAGCAGUGGGGUUGCUGAGAGAGUCUGGUUUAUUUGCACACAUGUCAUUAGAAAACAGGCAGCUGAUGGAAAGUCAGAUAGGUGAUCUCAUUCUUGCCACAGACAUCAGUCAGCAAAAUGAGUAUCUGUCCAUGUUCCGAUCCCAUCUGGAUAGAGGAGACCUAUGUUUAGAGAAUCCAAACCAUCGUCACUUCAUUUUACAGAUGGCUUUGAAGUGUGCUGAUAUUUGUAAUCCAUGUCGGACGUGGGAGCUGAGUAAGCAGUGGAGUGAAAAAGUGACAGAAGAGUUCUUCCACCAAGGAGAUAUUGAAAAAAAGUAUCACUUGGGUGUGAGUCCACUUUGUGACCGACAGACAGAAACUAUCGCCAACAUCCAGAUUGGGUUUAUGACCUACUUAGUGGAACCACUGUUUGGGGAAUGGGCCCGGUUUUCCAACACGAGGCUGUCGCAGACGAUGCUUGGUCACCUGGGACUGAACAAGGCCAGCUGGAAGGGGAUGCAGAGGGAACAGACUGGCAGCGGUGACGAUGUUGACCCCGCUUUUGAGGAAAUGGACUCAGACAUAUUACCUCAGGAACCUCGACUGUCCUGACCUCAGUCUUCAUGACAAAACUGCCUCUUCUCUUGGUAUCUGCGUGGUUGGAUUAAAGGAGAUACUUGCCAGCCCAAGGCUUUGGUAAGAUAAUAAACCGAUGCCAGCAUUAUUUAUUUCCAAGUUUUCCUUUGACACAGACCAUUUGAACUAGAAUUUUUUAACCUGCAAGAUCUGAACACAGAGCAAUAUGCAUACGCCUCAGUUGGUUUUCGUUCGGAACCUUGAAUAUGCAAAGCACAGCAGUGACUGAGCCUCGGAGGAACAGUACGAAAACUUCAUUGUGCCACAUGGCUUUGGGGUUGUUUGUUUCUUUUUUGUGAUACCUGGAAUACGCUCUUCAAAUCUAAGACUUGAGAUGGAUUGUUCCAUUUUCUUGGAAUUUAGCAAGACUUGGAUAAAUGUGUUCAAAGCAUACCUUCCACUCAGUCCCUGUUUUAAUACCGAAAUGUGAAGUGCCCAUCCUCUGCUGCCUCUGGCAAGACUUGAUGUUUACAAAUGUACUCUGAAACUAUCGGUUCUAGACUUAACCUUUGCGCAUGGCUGUGAAGGAACCACUUGACUUGGGGGUUUGUUUUUCUUUUGCUUUUUUAAAGGAAAAAGAUCAAAGCGGAGACUGCAGCUCGUGUUUCUUUGGAUGCCAGAAAAGCCUCCCAUUUGCCAUGAUUUUGUUUGUGCACUGGGAACUGAGCAUUCAUCAUAGAGCACAGCCAAGCUUUCUUCCAGUGCUAUAUGGGAAUGCAAGUUUUUUUUAAUGGCGGAAAACACUUCUGAA